GGCGGGGCACUCUCUAAUACGGGUAGGAAAAAAAUAACGAACACUUGAAGGUCCAAUGUGGCGUGAUAAUUCACCUUGCUAAUGUGUUUAGCUAAUAUGCGUUAAUACUUUUUUUUGUGUGUAUUUAGUUAAUCCGUAACCGAAUACAAUGAGUAGAUAUAUCCUUCCUGCGUCUGUUUUCGGGACUGUUUUUGGCUGUGCUGUGUUGCUAAAGAACCAUCUGACUGGAGGCUCCUGCCCAAGUAAAGCCAAGAUCCAUGGAAAGACGGUGAUUAUAACCGGGGCCAACACCGGGAUCGGAAAAGAGACGGCCCGAGAGCUGGCCAGGAGAGGAGGAAGGAUCAUUAUGGGAUGUCGGGACAUGAAGAAGUGUGAGGAAGCAGCUCUUGAGAUCAGAGGUUCCACCCUGAACCCUCAUGUUUACGCCAGACACGUCGACUUGGCUUCACUUAAAUCCAUACGGAGCUUUGCUGAGAAGAUCAUCCAAGGUGAGGAAAGAGUGGACGUUCUGAUCAAUAAUGCUGCAGUGAUGAGGUGUCCUCCAGGGAAGACUGAAGAUGGAUUUGACAUGCAGUUUGGAGUCAACUACCUGGGCCAUUUCCUCCUGACCAAUCUGCUGCUGGAUAAGCUGAGAGACUCCGCCCCCAGCAGAGUCAUCAACCUAUCGUCUUUGGCGCACAUCAUCGGUGAGAUUGACUUCGAGGAUCUGAACUGGGACAGGAAGAAGUUCAACACAAAGAAGGCGUAUUGUCAGAGCAAACUCGCCAUCGUCCUGUUUACGCGAGAGCUCGCGCGCAGGCUCGAGGGUACUGGGGUCACAGUAAAUGCCCUGCACCCUGGAGUCGUUGCCACAGAGCUGGGCAGACACACUGGCAUGCACCAAUCCCAGUUCUCCAGCACUAUACUCAGUCCAGUCUUCUACCUGCUCAUAAAGUCACCCGAACUCGGCGCCCAGCCCAGCGUCUACCUGGCCGUUGCCGAGGAGCUGGCGGGCGUGAGCGGUUGUUAUUUUGACGUUAUGACGGAAAAAGAACCCGCCCCUCAGGCUCUGGACCAGGAAGUGGCAGCCAAACUCUGGGAUAUCAGCGCAUCUUUGGUGGGUUUAGAAACCACUGUUUCUGUACCAACCUCUUCUCCAGAGACCGUAACGCAGGUUCCCACUGAACAGAUUCGGACACGCCCCUCAGAGCCUGCCGCUGCUGUGACGAGCGUGUAAGAGGCUGUGAGGUGAAGUGAUUUAACAGAUCCAAGUACGCAUUACGGAUCUGAAUAUUGCGGCUACAAGUGGCUUGGAUUACUUGAAUUGUCAGUUUAUGGUGACUUCUUCAGCACAAAGACGUGUAACAGUCUUUUUACAAACCAAAUGAGCUGGAACUACUUUUUGGGAUUAAAACUGUAUAUUUAAAACAAAGCCCACAGAUUCUUUGCUUUGCGCUUUUCUGUUCAUUUGUAAACUGUUCCAUAAAAGCAACAUGACACACUCAGAAGAAAGUCAACCCUUUCGCAUACGUGAGCUCAUGGAGGCACGUGAUUGGCUAAUCCUGCUGUGAUUGACAUGAGAGAGAGUAUGCUGUUCCUCCCACUUUCUAAACUACCAGCAAGCCUAACAAAUAAAAAAAAUGUAUAUGGAUUUUUCCCCCAGUUGCCAUUUAUAAUGUAUAU